AUGUCCAGCCCACUACUUUCGCUACCCAACGAGCUCGUUAUUGCUAUUCUCUCGAAUCUCCCAAUUAUAGACCUGUUUCGUUGCGAACAGGUCUGCAAGACACUUCACUCGUUGAUCAAGAGCUCCACCGAACUCCAGUACUUAAUCGCCCUCGAACAAGCUGGCUACGAGGACGUACCGUCGUCUGCGGUGGGCAUUCCGACAAAGCUAGAGAAGCUCAAGGCUGCAUAUGAAUCGUGGCACAACCUCAAAGCGAGGUUCGUAACCGAGGUCGAGGUUACCCACCGGCCGUCUGGGAUCUACGAUCUGUGUGGCGGAAUCUACCUGCUGGGAGAAGAAACGAGGCAUACUCUCUACCACUUGACGCUACCACAGCAUGAAGACGACAAGCCGGAAUGGAAAGGUAUCACUGUUACGGAGAGCAUCAUCGAUAUGGGCCUCUCGGUUGAUGAACAUGAUCUCAUCGCCAUAAUCACGACAACUCCAAUUCCUAUUACAGAACCGGAGGAACAGCAGUUGCACGAGAUUGGGCUUCAUCUGUUGCAAUUCUCCACCGGCCAGCCGCACCCUGAUGUCAAGGUACAUCGACUCGUGGUGCACAGGAGCAAGCUUGAUCGGCCGGCUAUUGGUAUGGAAAUCGUUGGCGACAAUCUGAUUCUCAUCUUGUCCCAUUGGCGAGGUGGUCCCCACAGGCCAGAAGACAGACUCUUUGUCUUCGAGUGGAAAACUGGGAAACUGAAGAUGUCCCUCGUCGCGCCGAAUCGAUCCUAUUCCGGCCCCAUUUUCCUUGCGGAACAUUACUUCCUUCUCCCAAACAGUAAGAAGGGCCUGCUCGAAGUCUGGGAUAUUCCCCGGGGAACGUCGGAACCCAGCCCUUCUUCUCCCCGCUGCAAUCUCCUGCUUCCGACGCUUGCACCGGGACGAAUCUUCACGUCCAUAUCAUGCCGCGGUGAACCCAACCCAAUGGGAGACACGUCCCUCCCGGGCUCCAAGUUCAGACACCGACCUUACCAAGCCAACACGGAUAGCGCGAUUAUGAUCUUCAACGUAAACGUCGAGCCGUCGCUCAACCGAUUCGGCAUCCAUUUGGGCCACACGUACUCGUUCUUCGUCCACAGAAGAAGCAUCAUCAACGUGGUGGAAGGCGUUGAGAAGGGUCUCUACUCGGAUGCUUCGGUCACCAAUGGCAGUCUACCGCCGGCAACGCUGCCAGUGGGGUCACCACCUAUCGAUAUCCACUUCCCUGGUCCCAGCGAUAAGCCAACAGAGCUACCUGGACACGAGUCCCCCACCGUCCCCUGGGCGGAAUGGGGACCUAAAUGCACGAGGUGGUUUGAAGUGGAUAGGUUGCCGACGAGAUGGAUCACGACAACCGCGGGUCAGAGGGCUGUCUUGAUGGGGAGGGAGCCAACGGGUGGGACGACAUUCAUGGUGUUUGAUUUCAACCCAUGGAAUGUCAAGCGGGUUGCUUGGGAGGAUAAGCAGCGGCAACGCAGAAGGCGAGAGAGGAAGGGUAAAGGGAAGGCAGUUGAAGCUGAGGAUGAGAAGGAGGAUUUGAAGGGCAAAGGAGUGGAUAGGGGAGAAACGCAAGUCGAACCACCGACUAUCGAGACUGGAUCCGUCCACUCCCCGAGCGAAGACGGGCGGGAGGAGAAUGGCGCUACCAGCGAAGCCGCCGACGACUACUUCUACCACGGCUCCCCCACGGAAUCCAUCAUGGCUUUGGAAGGCGAUAUCGUACUAGAGCCGGACGGUGUCGAAGAGGUCGAGGAUGACGAGGAUGGUUGGGUCACUGAGGAAGACGAGGGUGAAGGCGAAGGCGAAGUGGAAAACGACGAGAACGAGCCUCCAGCACAACAGCCACAACCUCUUCCUGCAGCAGGCGGGCCACUGAACUUUACGAUGCUCGAUCUGCAACACCUUCACCCAGGCUUUGUGGCGCUACUAUUUGGGGAGAACGGGGCGGCGAUACAGGCACAGCUUGCGGCUCUGCAAGCACCUAUCAUGAACAACGAUGGUCUCGGCCAUCUGGGCGAACUACUUGCGCCGGAGGAAGCUGGUGGAAGCGGAAGUAGCGAUAGCUCCAACGGCAAUGGUACCCGAGGCGGCUCGAGUAGCCAUGCGAUGCCAGGCGCAUGGCAAGAAUCUGAUGAAGAGCGCGAGGAGAGCGUGGUACAAGCAGCAAGUGACGACGAAUGGGAUGACGAUGAUGACGACGAUCGCGGGAGAGGGUAUGGAAGAGACCAGCACGGCCGUCCCAAGAACGGCGUGGUGUACAAGCAACCUAACCAGGUUGACAAGAUUGGGCGGUCGUUUGAGUCGCCCAUCAUUUCCGAGCUGCCGUUUGUGCAGUAUGUGGCCAGGAACCAGCCAAGUUAUGAUGGUGUCCUGAUGGAUGAGGAGAGGAUUUUGGGUAUCGUGACGGACGAGAUGGAUGUUAUAAAACGAGUCGAUGUCCAUUAUUUCGGCUAA